GACUCUAUUGGUUACGUCCGUCGUUUUCGUUCAAUGUGCCUGAUAUUUUGUCCCUUACGAGUUGCCGUAGUUAAUGCCAUAAAGUGUAACUAGCUGUCGUGACGAGUUAAAUCCGGUAGUAGAGGUCACAACAAACCACUCGGCAUGGGAGGUGACCACGGCCACAGCAAGAUGUCCAUGCCGGACUGGCGACAGUGGAAAAUAGAGGGAACUCCACUGGAAUUUACACAGAAGAGGCUGGCGGCCAGGGGCCUCAAGGACCCAUGGGCACGUAAUGAGGCAUGGAGGUACUCUGGCGGUUUCGCUCGUGCUGUUACUCUGUCAGAUGUGCUGCUCAAAGGAUUUAAGUGGGGCUUUGCUGCCUUUACUGUUGCUCUGGCUGUGGAAUACACUCUGUUUCCUCCAAAGAAGGGUGGCCAUUAAUGUCAUUAUCGUCAAACCUGAAAUUUACCUUAUGUAUAAUGUUAAGUGGUAUUUGCUGUUCAUUAAAUUGUUUGUGAUCAGAAAAUGGCUUUACACAUUUUACAUGUACAAGUAAAAUGUUACACGUUUCAGUAAAACAUAACACAUCCUUUUAUUUGUAACAUUAUUUGACUGACUAAUGUUGCAAAUACAAUUGUUCAUUAAUUCUG